CACCCUCUAAUCUCCCCAACACUCCACACUGUCCUGCAGCACACAUGCUCACAAACACACACACACACACUCCAGAUCUCAAUCUCCUCUCUUGCACUAAACAUGCUCUGUUGGGAAUCGUGUUUAGCCCUAAUGAUCACCGGCUUCCCAGUGUGGGCUCUGCCUUCAACAAACAUCAAGAUCACACAAGCACUGCCCCUGCAACUGUCAGACUCAAACCAGCCUGUGACAUGUCCGCUCUUCUGGACUGAAUUUGAGGGUUACUGUUACCGCUUCUUCCCCUUGAACCGCACCUGGGCUGAGGCAGAUCUGUACUGCGCUGAGUUCUCAAACGGACACAAAUCUGCCAAACUCACCUCCAUCCACAGCUGGGAGGAAAAUGUGUUUGUCUAUGAUCUUGUGAACAGCCGUGUACCAGGAAUUCCAACAGAUAUUUGGAUUGGCCUUCAUGAUAGAAGACAGGAGGGCACUAUGGAGUGGACAGACGGGUCACCCUAUGAAUACAGUUACUGGGAUGGAAAUCAACCAGAUGAUGGCAUCCAUCGCAUCCCUCAGGAGGAGGAUUGUGUGGAGAUCUGGUACAGACAAAACAGUGCACUGAGGUCUUGGAAUGACAACAAUUGUGACAAGGCCUUUCCAUUCGUCUUGCAGCAACAAGAUGUCCGCUCAUCUCCAUCCCUGCAGUGAUGAAGGGCUCUCUCCAGCCUGC